UCACUUACUUUCCAUCCUUCUUCUUCUUCGUCUCCCCCCCUUCUUACACCACUCUCUUCUCUUUCCCUGGCCGACUCAUUCUGAACAAUAAACCGCAGGUUUCGCUUGCGGCUCGACUUGUACUCUCUACUCUUCUGCCUAUCCAACAGUUUACGGGAAGCAGAAGAUAGAGUUGUUAAGCUGAGGAUUCUGCUAUCGCCGCACAUCACUUGUCGAAUCCCUACUCGCAACCACCAACGACGAUCGACAACCCCCCCCCCCCCCCCCCGUUCUCGCCUCCAGCCGCUUAUCCAUCUCGUACUGCACGAACCACAUCCAAUCAAACGACAACUCUGUAGCCUACCUCGCUCAUACUUGAACCUCACGCCACCCGCUCCAAACCUCGUCGGUUAAAACCAACUAUUCAAUCGUCUGACAACAAUUGCGCAUCUUGCAACUCUGCCCAAACGCCAAUUCCUAGCCGUGCUCGACUGGACCUCAAAGCACAGUCGAUUCUGACUCUCAUCUUUAGAAUUGACCAAGAACACCUACGUUUCCCAAACCCGACCCGUCUUACACGAUAACUUCGACAAACAUGAGCUCGCCAGCACAGGCCGGGCCAUCGGUCCCGAAAGAGAAAAAGGGACUGGGAAAGAUCUUGUCCCGCGCUAAGACUGUCUUCAAGAGGGGCGAUGGUUCCUCUAAGCGCAUGUCGACUCUGUCUACUGCCGGCCAGCAUCCUCCCACCCAGUCGGCCACUUCUGGCCAACCCACUGCCCCGGCUACCGAGCAGCCCCCCGCAACUGCUGCCGCCGCCGCCGCGACGAAGGAACCCCCCAAGGAACCCUCUAAGAAAGAGGCCCCCAAGAGCAAGUACGAGGAUCUCGAGGGCGUAGUCAGGGUACCCCGAUCUGAAUUGUUUGAGGAGCGCGCGAGGAAGCUGGGCGAGAGGUUCGGUCUCGAGAUCAAGCAAAGCGAGUGGAUCUCCACCGAGGGCACCGCUCUCCGUGUCGAGAAGCCCAUCCGCAUGCGCGUCCACCGAACCUGCCACAAGUGCAGUGCCACUUUCGCUGCCGCUAAAGAGUGCCCGGGUUGCCAACACGUCCGCUGCACCAAGUGUAUCCGCCACCCGCCCAAACGGACCGAGGCCGAGCGCAUCGCCAGCCGGGAGAAGCGGGCCGCCAUCCUCAAGGCCCAGAAGGAGAACGCUCCCAUCGUUCCCGACUACAACUACGACCCCAAGGACGCAAAGAACAUCGUCCUCAAGCGUCCCAGCAAGACUGGAGGACAGGACCUUAUCUACAAGAAGCCCCGUCAGAGAGUUAGGAGAACCUGCCACGAGUGUCAGACGCUCUUCACUGCUGGCAGCAAGACCUGCUCCAAGUGCAGUCACAACCGUUGCACCGACUGCCCCAGAGACCCGCCUAAGAAGGACAAGUAUCCCUUUGGCUACCCUGGCGACGAGUUUGGACCGAAUGCUGUGCCGCAUCACGAAUGCCAUAAGUGCAAGACGAUAUAUCCAGGAGGCGCAGCCGACGGAACCGAAUGCAAGAAGUGCCAGCAUGAAAAGUGCGGCGACUGUUCCCGUCUGAAGCCACGCAAGGUCGAGCCGGAACCAGACCCAGAGAUUCUGAAGAGCAUACAGGCCAAGAUCGAGAGUCUAAAACUCAAAUGAUGCGACGGCCAACACGGCGCUUGACACCGUCCGACUCGGCUGGGGCCGACAGAAUCUGGGCUGAUCUAGGGCGAGCGACACUCUCCAUCAGUCCUCGACCCUACUUCCCUCUCCGGGCGAAUCUCCUCAUCCGAUUUCUUCCUGUUGAACAAGCAUUCGUCAUUUCUUUUUAUUGCAACACUACGAAACCACAUGACCAUCUAUCAUUUGCAUCACAUCAAAUGUCUUCUUUUCGCCGCGGCCACCUCUCCUCUGCCUCGCCCAACGAGACCGGAGGGAUGACGAAGAAUAUGAAGCUUUCACGCACUAUGCUAUCACGACCCAGCAUUAUCUCGACUACACCAAAAGUAAUGUCUCCUGCCGACUAAUGAGCUCCACCCACUGCACACACCUGUCCCAUGAGAGAAACAGAGGAAGAUGAGAAGAGAAAAGGAGAACUCGUACCCGGACGCGCACCUGGAUUGGGGGGAAGGGGGUGGAUCAGGCCACAAUUGCGGAAGAAGGGACGAAUCGGAUUUGGCAGCUGAAGGAGAAGAGUUGAGCGGCGUUGUGUCAGACGGAAUUGCAUUGCAGCGACAAGGAAAAGAGCAGUAUCGGGCGUACAGACCAGAACCGACAACGUGGGUCCAUACAGGGGGUGGGCAGACUAGCCGUGCGGAAGGCGGAUUAUCAUUCUCGUUUCAUCUCAUCAUCACAAUUAUCACCAUCAGCUUCUUC